GGAAGUGCAUUUUCUGUGUUAGCCAAUCAGUAUGAUUUGCUCUUUGGAAAACCUUAAUCUUAAUCUUAGUCUGACAUCUGUGUGGGAGACUUCAGUUGUGCAAGAAGGGUGCUGUAGCACAAUGGUCGGAAGAUUUGCUGCUUUGAUUCUUCUCAGUGCUUUGUCUCAAACUGUGGACAUGCAGCACCAGAUCUCUAUGACUGUGGUUGAACCUGGUGAGGAUUUUAACCUGACAUGUUCAAUCACCGGUCUGAAAGCCGGAUUGUUUUACUGGUUUAAGCUCAAGUUCGGAUACAUGGUCCAAACGGUUGCGGCAGGAAAUUUUGGAAACGUAAAAGUUGGAGAACAAUUUAAAAACUCUCGACACACUGUCACAGUCAAGGAGAAUCUGUAUUUUCUCAACAUCAGAAAUGUAAGCAAAGAAGAUGAAGCAACGUACUUCUGUCAAGCUGGAACGGCGUACGAAAUGAAGGUUAUUAACAGCACUCUCUUAGCGGUGAAUGAUCAUAAAAACCACCAGAACCUGGUCUAUGUGAAACAAAGACCGGAGGCGCAGUCGGUCCAGGCGGGCGGCUCAGUGAAGCUCCAGUGUUCACUUCUCUCCAAGUCCAAAGAAAACAGAGAGCAGUGUCCAGGUGAACACAGUGUGUACUGGUUCAGAGCUGCAGCAGGAGAAGCUCAUCCAGCUGUUAUUUACACUCAAAGCCACAGAAGUGAAGAAGAAGAGAAGAGAAGCUGUGUCUACAAUCUGUCCAAAACCAUACACAACUCGUCUGACGCCGGGACGUACUACUGCGCUGUGCUCACAUGUGGACAAAUCCUGUUUGGUGAAGGAACUACAGUGAAGACACAACAAGAACCGUGGCCGUUUUACAUCACGUUUGGGACACUGCUGCCCUACAGCGUGUUUGUGACGGCUGCUCUCAUUUUCUACAGAAACCAAAGGCCCGUGUGUAAACAGUGCAAAGGAGAAAAAACUGCGUCCAAUCAAGGCGAACGUCACAGAUCAGCUGAAGAUCAACCAAAUAACGAGGAUGCUGACGAGGCGGCUCUGAACUACGUAGCGCUGGAUUUUGCAGCUAGGAAAGCUAAAAGAUGGACGGCUGCGAGGGAGCAGUCGCUGGAUUGUACAUACUCCGGUGUAGGAGAAAGUCUAUGAAUGGAUUUAUUGACACGUACAGACAGAAGCGGCCUGGUUGGACCAAGAAUAGAUCAUUUUACUCUUAUGAGCUCCAUUAUUGUAAACAUUUGAAUGGAAUCUGAAUGUACGAUUUUGACUAUGAUGGAAACAAAUGUCCUCUGCUCUUUAUGUAUUAUUUAUCACAAUAUAAGACAUCUUUUUAAAAGUGGUACAAUUCAACGUAAGGUACUGGACCUGACAAACGAAAUGUAAACAUGAUGAGAUUUCUUUGUUCUUAAUGAAAACUGUUGGCUUUGUGGAACCAUUUGACUACACAGAGACGACUGAACCAUUUUUCUUUUUAUGAAUUUUAGUGGUUCUGAAAAGGAAAAGGGACUCUCUUAUUCCCAAACUGCUUGUGAUGAUAGCCUUGAUGGUAUCCUCUCUGUAGGUUCCAGCUGUGAUACCCCAGCUCCUUGUUUCAUUUUUAUGAAUAAACUCUUUUGUAAGCUGGAUAUAUUUUCCAACAUGACAUUA